CAAUUUUAUAAAAUACUCCAUGCAGCCCGCCCGACUCUGCCAGCGCUGCCGCCAGGCCGACGCUACCGUGCUGGCUCGCUCCCAGCACCUCUGCAAAGACUGCUUUACCGCCUACAUCCAGAUGAAGGCCGUCAAGCGCAUGGAGUCUUACGCCUACCAGGUCCGCUUCAACUCCGCCGAGCAACGCACCCUCUUGCUGCCACUUUCGCUCGGCGUCUCCUCCACCGUCCUGCUACAGUCGCUGCACAUCCACCUUGACAGGCAAAAAAGCAAAACCGGCCGCACCGGCUAUGCACUGCACAUUCUUUUCGUCGAUACUUCCGCCGUCGAGCCCGACACACCUGAUGCUGGUCGGCUAGAAGCCCUGAAGGAAAGAUUCCCCGGGCACGCUUUCAGUAGCAUCCUUCUCGCCGACAUCUUCGAUAACAGUGAGCCGCGGGAGUUGCUGGACAUCCCCGAGGCGCACUUUCUCAAGGCCGAGGACUUACUGAAAAGCCCCCAAGAAAAAUUGGAGAAACUGAUUGUUUCAUUGCCGUCCGCAACAGCUCGUGCGGAUGUCAUAACCAUUCUUCGGACCAAGCUUAUCACACGCUUCGCACAACAGAAUGGCUGCGAAGCAGUGCUCUGGGGCGAUAGUACUACCAGGAUCGCGGAGAAAACUUUAGCAGAAACGUCCAAGGGACGCGGAUUCUCCUUGCCCUGGCAAGUAGCUGACGGCAUGUCUCCUUACGGCAUUGCUUUCAAUUAUCCCAUGCGCGACCUGCUCAAGAAGGAGCUCACUUUACAUGCAGAACUUACUUCGCCGUCCUUGACCCCCUUGAUCCAUACGCAAGCCGCAGUGCAAGUUUCCGCUAGUGCCAAAAACACUACCAUCGAUGAUCUCAUGAAGCAGUAUUUCCAGGAGGUUGAGCAAAAUUAUCCCGGCAUUGUUGCAAACGUUGUUCGUACAUCGAGCAAGCUUGAGGCAGCUUCAGUUACCGAGAGUAGAUGCAGUCUAUGCAGCAUGCCAGUUGCCGAUGCGCGCUUCGGCAUACAUGGCUGGGGUGGUGACCAGGGUGGCAAUGGCGCUCCAGAUGUGUCUCGGUCGGCGCAAGAACACCUGUGCUACGGGUGCACAAGAUCUGCGCCACAAGCUGCAGGAUCGCUCCAAUGAGGUACAAACCAAUAAGCACACGGGCGUAAGAACGAAUCAGACCCUCAUGGCGAUGCACAACCUGCUUCCAAUAAUUCUUCAUCUAUGUUCGGAGUACUGCUUAUGCGAAGCUCCCAAUUCGACUUAUGCACAGGCUUUCAUCGAAUAUUGUAAUUUUAUGGAAAGCAGUAUUCAAAGAUGCACCACCACCAACGAGCAUUCGACCAACGUUAUCUCGAUGUCUCAACCAUUUAGGACUUGAUGACGCACAGAUGAGGAACUCUACGAGGCGGGUUUUCCAUCAUGACACUCUCAGAACCAUCUGUAUGUAAGGAUGAGAGCUUACUGAGUCACGACAUCUGCCUUUGCUGUGACAACACCCCAAACUCCAGUUAUUGCUGCAUUCUCUGCAUGAGCAGCCCACAGGGUUGUAGUGAGUGGCUUUCCCAGACAAGGCUGUAAGGUCGCUCU